ACUGACGGAAGGGAAUACCCGGCAUUCCGGCUAUGAUAGAAUCCUGAUGCUGACGCUGUAACUCGCUUUUUUCACACAGCAGUGUCUAUCCCCACGCGUGCACGCACACACACACAUACACACAUACCCACCCACACACGCCCUCGCUCUCUCGCUCGCUCUCUCUCUCACACACGCGCAAAAGAGGCGCGAGGCGCAACUCUGCGCUGAGCUCCCGGACUCUCCCGCGCGCCGCUCGCUGCGCUGUUAUAUUUCGCUUGAGAAAGUACAGGCUGCUACCGUGACUGACAUCCCACACACAAGCGCGAGGGCAUCCCCUUGCCUUGCAUUUAUUCCUCUUUCCGCCCUGGCUGUGUUCGUGGCGUGCUGUCGCAACGGCAUUGAGAAGGUAGAAUGGGCGAAACCCUCAGUUUUCUCCUGUAACUCUGGAAAUGGAUUCGACGUUCUCGCGGGGAGACAAAGACGAUGAGGCGCACCUGGGGGAGUUGGGGCCUGGCCGAGUGAGGAUGAGAGAGCGCCCCCUGUGGGACUACCCUCCGCACUUCCACUGGGCCAUGGAGGGGGAGUCCUUCACCUCCCCCCUACUGCAGACAGGGGGCGCCGCCGCGCCCGACUUCGGCAUGACGCUGGAGCAGAAGACCACCUUCGCCUUCGUCAUCAUCCUCUUCAUCUUCCUGGGCAUCCUGAUCGUGCGCUGCUUCCGCAUCCUGCUGGACCCGUACCGCAGCAUGCCCACUUCCACCUGGGGCGACGGCCUGGACGGCCUGGAGAAGGGCCAGUUCGACUACACCCUGGCGUAACACCCCCCGACUUCCUCCCGCGCCGACCCACACCCGUCCACCUUAUCCCACACCUGUCAACACCGACCCGCACCCGUCCACCUUAUCCCACCCCUGUCAACACCGACCCGCACCCGUCCACCUUAUCCCACCCCUGUCAACAUCAACCCACACCCGUCCACCUUAUCCCACACCUGUCAACACCGACCCGCACCCGUCCACCUUAUCCCACCCCUGUCAACAUCAACCCACACCCGUCCACCUUAUCCCACACCUGUCAACACCGACCCGCACCCGUCCACCUUAUCCCACCCCUGUCAACAUCAACCCACACCUGUCCAACCCACCCACACCUGUCAACACCAACUCACACCUGUCCAACCCACCCACACCUGUCCAGCCCCACCCCCACCCCCUCCUCCCGGGCCACACCCAGGCCCUCCUGCUGCUCCGGUCUCAGCCGCAGUCUCACGCUGGAUAUUGUUUACACGAGAAGCCGGGGGGCGGUCCCCCCUCCCCCCCACGUGGUAGAUCUCCCUGUCCUCAUCACCUGAUACCUCACAGCCUACAGCUCAGAGAUUGUGCACACAUUAGACACACCUGCGCACACCUGCGCAGCCGUAGGACACACCUGCACACACCUGCGCAGCUGUAGGACACGCCUGCGCACACCUGCGCAGCUGUUAGACACACCUGCGCAGCCGUAGGACACGCCUGCGCACACCUGCGCAGCCGUUAGACACACCUGCGCACACCUGCGCAGCCGUAGGACACGCCUGCGCACACCUGCGCAGCCGUAGGACACGCCUGCGCACACCUGCGCAGCCGUAGGACACGCCUGCGUGCAUGCGGACCUUCCACAGAGCCGCCAUGAGCUCUAAAAACCUGCCGGCACAUCGGUGUCCUGCGUCUUCGUGUGUGCGCUCGCCAGUCCUGCCCCAGCGCUCAGCCCCGGGAGCCAUGCACACUGGCCGUACCACACCUGCACCGUGUCCCCAUGGCGACGGCGGAAUCAGCAGACCUCUCCAGAGGAGCCCCGUGGAGAAUCAGGGUAUCGCAGGCGUGCCUCCUGACACUGCAGACCACCUGCGUCGCGUGCGCACGUCGUGUAGUGGGAUGCUAUGUGUUAGCGGGACGUUGUGUGUGAGUGGGACAUUGUGUGAUGACGGGACAUUAAGGGGAGUGUGUAGUGGGACGUUGGGGAAGGGGGUGUGUGUGACUGUGUCGGGUCUGCUGGCCUCUCAAUCAGUCCCUUCUCUGCCAGCCCAAAUCUCCUCCCCCUCACACAAGCCCUUGGGACCCUGGCGAGACCAGGAACGAGUCACAGCCCUGUGGCCCCAUGAUACAAAUCAAACAGCACUGCUUCAUGCCUCCCGUCUGUCUGUCUGUCUCUGUCUGUCUGACUGCCUGUCUGUCUGUCUGUCCGUCUGCCUGCCUGUCUGUUUGUCUGUUUGUCUGUCUGUCUGCCUGUCUGUCUGUCUGUCUGUCUGACUGUCUGCUUGUCUGCUUGUCUGUCUGCCUGUCUGUCUGUCUGUCUGUCUGACUGUCUGCUUGUCUGUCUGUCUGUCUGCCUGUCUGUCUGUCUGUCUGCCUGCCUGUCUGUCUGUCUGUCUGACUGCCUGUCUGUCUGUCUGUCUGCUUGUCUGUCUGUCUGUCUGUCUGACUGCCUGUCUGUCUGUCUGUCUGUCUGACUGCCUGUCUGUCUGUUUCUGAACUAUGAGGCUCUCAGAUGUUUGCCUGUGAGGUUUGUCUGUCUCUGAGGUUUCGUGUUUACAGAUGGUCAGUCAUUUCAGCAGCUCGCACUGUCUCAAUGAUGUGAACAAUCUAAGCCUACAUUCUGAAGACUGUUUCUCAACCCUGUUACCGUAAGCUUUUUUUAAAUAUAUAUAUUUUUGAUCAGUUAUUGUAUUCCUUGUCAAAGAACUUGUCUUCUGCUCUCAUCAAAUGUUAAAAUGAUGUAUGGAUCCUGUAUAUCCUACUGCAAUACCUCCUCAAAUAAUGUCGUUUAUUUUUUCCAGUGUCUUGGUGCCAAACUGUGGAGUAUACACAUUUUUCCAUUGUGAAUCUUUGAUGUUUUUGUUUUCUGACAUGCCAGUGUUGUCAGGGUUGUUUUCAUUCUCUCCUCCUUCCUGGGAACAAAUUUACAUUCAGUAUGGCACUCUAACUGCCAUCAGACAUUUCUACACUCAAAACAAGCCUUCCCAAAGUAUAAGUGUGUGUGUGCGUGCGUGUGUGUGUGCGGGCCUGUGUGUGUGUGUGCGUCUGUCUGUCUGUCUGUAUUUUUUCUUUUUUUUAUGUAGUUGGACAUAUUGAGUGCCACUGCAAGUUCAUGGUGUGCUGUACAGAAACUGGGUCUCCCCAUUGGAGCAUUCCACCCACUCCCACAGCCAAUCAAAUUGCAGCUUCAUAGAAUUCUGCUUACUCAAGCAUCGCGAAGUGUGUCAUAUUAUGCCAUCAUAAAUAUGAUGCUUAUCAAUUAUUGCCAUUUUCACAUUUGCAAUUAUGCAUACAUUGUGGAAAUUCAUGGAUGGUAUACUGUGAAAUAUGCAAAAAUAAACACACGGAAGUUAAAUAAUUGAGAAA